AUGGCCGGCCGCCUCGCCGGCGCCUCCUCUCCCCUCCCCCGGGCGCUCCUCCUCCUCGCCACAGUAGCCCUCCUCUCUAUAUCCUUCCUCUUCCUCCGCUCGCUCCGCCCCGCCGCGGCCCCCUCCCUCUCCGUCGAUGAACCCCGCCGCCUCCGGCCCUUCUCAUCCUCCACGCCGGUGGCGCCGCGCCCGUCCGUGUACUACUCCCCCGAGGCAUUCGCGGCGGGUUACGCGGAUAUGGAGCGGAGCUUCAAGGUAUACAUCUACCCGGACGGUGACCCCAAGACCUUCUACCAGACGCCGCGGAAGCUCACCGGCAAGUACGCCAGCGAGGGAUACUUCUUCCAGAACAUCCGGGAGAGCCGCUUUCGCACCCAAGACCCCGACAGUGCCGAUCUCUUCUUCGUCCCCAUCUCGCCCCACAAGAUGCGCGGCAAGGGUACUUCGUAUGAAAAUAUGACAAUGAUAGCUAAGGAUUAUGUUGAAGGCUUGAUAAACAAGUACCCUUACUGGAACCGGACGCUAGGAGCGGACCACUUCUUUGUCACAUGCCAUGACGUAGGCGUGAGGGCGUUCGAAGGACUUCCAUUCAUGGUGAAGAACUCUAUUAGAGUUGUCUGCUCACCAAGCUAUAAUGUUGACUUUAUACCUCAUAAGGAUGUUGCUCUGCCUCAAGUAUUACAGCCAUUUGCUCUACCCGAAGGAGGGAAUGACAUUGAAAACAGGACAAAUCUUGGAUUUUGGGCUGGCCAUCGCAAUUCAAAAAUAAGAGUUAUUUUAGCACGAGUCUGGGAGAAUGAUACAGAGCUUGCUAUCAGCAAUAAUCGGAUUAAUAGAGCUAUUGGAGAGCUAGUUUAUCAGAAGCAGUUCUACCGUACUAAGUUCUGUAUCUGUCCUGGUGGCUCUCAAGUUAACAGUGCUCGUAUAUCUGAUUCAAUACACUAUGGUUGUGUGCCUGUUAUUUUGUCAGACUACUAUGAUCUGCCUUUCAAUGAUGUUCUUGACUGGAGAAAGUUUGCGGUUGUACUUAAGGAGCGCGAUGUAUAUGAACUGAAGAGUAUCCUAAAAUCUAUAUCACAGGAAGAGUUUGUUGCAUUGCACAAAUCUCUAGUUCAGGUUCAGAAACACUUUGUAUGGCACUCACCUCCUGUUCCUUAUGAUGCAUUCCACAUGGUUAUGUAUGAGCUGUGGCUGCGGCACCAUGUGAUCAAGUACUAACUCAAGGCUUACACAGCCGCUGUUUGCAACAUAAUGGGCUGAUCCUUAAGAGCGAUCUGACAGAUCUACCUGCUGGUGCUAUACCAAGUAUUGCUUCUGUUCUUGGCUCAGCUGCUGGAUGGGUCAUUCAACACAAGGUGCAACGGAAAAAUUGACAUAGAAAAGUAGGCCAUCAUCAAUAUGGCAAAACCGAUGUUCCAGUUAUUUGAUUCAUUGGGUCAUGCUUUCAAGAUUAGCUGUCUGUAGCAUUACUAGUUUGCUUUUUGGUAUACUGAAUUUUCACUGAUCUGCUUGAGUGACCGCAUAUGCUUUCUCAUACAAUUUUGCACCUACUCUUGUAAAGUAAUGUACGUUAGUACUGAUGAUAUUGUAAGCAUCCAAAGAUAUACUCUGUAUCAGAUUGACAUGCUCUCUACCUUUUCCUCCUGUGAGGACGGUCCAAUUGCUUUACUCUUGUAAAA